AUGUCAAAAACAUUAAAAACAAAACGACGAUGUUUUCCUUCAUUUUUUAUUACUGAUAUACUUGGUAAUCAUAGUUGUUCAUCAUCACCUAAUAAUAAAAUUCAUCUAACAUCAAUAACAGAUAAAGAUGUUGAUGAAAGUGGUGAUGAAGAUAAUAUAAUGUUACAUGAAAGUGAUGAUAAUGAAUCAGAUAUUGGUGAAGAGACUAGUACAUCCGAUAGUGGUGGUCAUAGUAUUAAUACAAGAUCAUUAAAAACAAAUAAAAAACCACGUAAAGCUCGUACAGCAUUUACUGAUCAACAAUUAAAUUGUUUAGAAAAAAGUUUUGAAAAACAAAAAUAUUUAAGUGUUCAAGAUCGUAUGGAACUUGCUGUUUGUCUUAAUUUAUCUGAUACACAAGUUAAAACAUGGUAUCAAAAUCGAAGAACUAAAUGGAAACGACAAACUGCUGUAAGUUUAGAAUUUCUUGAACAACAAGGAAAUUUUGCUGCUGUUCAUCGAUUAUUUCAACAUCAUUCACAUGUUAAUACUAAUGUUGGUAAUUUACAUCAUUCUCUAUGGUAUUCACCAUAUAUACAAUCAUGUACAACUGCUGAUACAUUCUUUACAUUACAACAAAAAUCUUUAAGAGACACAAAUAAAUCUUCAUAUGAAUCAUUAACUUCGACUGUAACUAGUUCGAACAAAUCUGUAUAA